AUGGAGAAACAGGAGCCUCAGGAGCCACAGGAGCUACAAGAGCAAAAGGAGCUCCAAGAGCCACAGAAAACAAAGGAGCCACAGGAGCUACAGGAGACACAGAAGACAAAGGAGCUACAGGAGCCACAGGAACCAAAGGAGUUUAAGGAGCCAAAGGAGUUCCAGGAGCCACAGGAGCUACAGGAGCCAGAGGAGCCACAGGAGCUAGAGGACCACAGGAGCUACAACAGCAAAGGGAGCUCCAAGAGCCACAGAAAACAAAGGAGAUAA